AUGUCGGCGGGUAUAGGCGGGUAUUUACAAGUGGUGGAUAUCCACUUGGGUGAUGGGGCGGUCGUCUCCUGGGACAAGGAUAGUCUUUUCAUGUCUCAUGGUACUUAUGCUGAAGAAAUUCUUGAUAUAGCAAGAAUGUCCCAAUGCAAGCCCUGCCUAACUCCUGUUGAUAUUAAAGGGAAGUUAAAUACGAGUUAUGGUGCUUCUUAUGAUGAUCCGACACACUAUCGUCGCCUUGCAAGUGCUUUGCAGUACUUAACUUUCACUCGCCCAAACAUAUCAUAUGAUGUUCAACAGGUUUGCUUGUUUAUCCAUGAUCCAAAAGUGGAAUACAUGGGUGCUCUGAAACAUGGUCCUCGGCAUGUUAAAGGUACCCUUGAUUAUGGUACACAUUUGUACAAAUCUUCAUUGCAAUCACUUGUAUCAUACACCGAUGCUGAUUGGGGUGGAUGUCUGGAUACUCCACCUCAGGUUAUUGUAUCUUCUUUGGGGACAACUUGA